AUGGCGGUCGGUAAGGUGACGUUCACCAAGCGAGAGCGGGAGAAGCUGGCGGAGGUCCUGUGCCUACUGAACUGGGUCUCCGUGGUAACGGGCUCCAUCCUGCUCUGCCUGGGCCUGUUCCUCAGGGUGGAGCUUCAGAAAUGGCAGGAAGUGAUGUCAGAGCAGGGCGUGUUGUACGUGCCUCACAUGCUGAUCGCCACCGGCCUGGCGGCUUGCUGCAUCAACUUCCUGGGCGGGAAGAUCUGCCUGGACUGCGCCGACUGCAACAAGUUCCUGCGCUGGAAGCUGGUGAUGAUGCCGUACGUGGUCUGCACCUUCUGCUUCACUUCCUGCGUCCUGGCGGGGGCGCUCAUGUGCUACAGCGUGCACAGCCAGCUGGAGGAGUCGCUGUUCCUGGGUCUGCGCAGCGCCAUGCGCUACUACAAAGACACGGACACACCUGGACGCUGCUACCUGAAGACGACUCUGGACCUGCUGCAGAUCCAGUUCCAGUGCUGCGGGAACAGCGGCUUUAGGGACUGGUUCCAGGUCCAGUGGAUCAGCAACCGCUACCUGGACAUGAGCAGCAGCACCGUGCUGGACAGGUUGAGGAGUAAUGUGAGGGGUCAGUACCUGAUGGACGGGGUCCCGUUCAGCUGCUGCAGCACUCUGUCCCCGCGGCCCUGCAUCCAGCAGCAGGUCUCUAACAGCUCUGCACACUUUAACUACGACCGGCAGAGUCAGCAGCUGAACCUUUGGGGGGGGGGCUGCCGCCAGGCGCUGCUGGACCACUACACCGGACUCAUGCAGUCCAUCGGGCUCACCGUGCUGCUCAUCUGGCUGUUUGAGCUGCUGGUCCUGACGGGGGUCCGGUACCUGCAGACCGCCAUGGAGAACGUGCUGCGGCUGGGGGAUCCGGACUCGGAGUCUGACGGCUGGAUUCUGGAGAACAGUCUGGCAGAGACGGCUCGCUCCAACUUCAACAUCAUCAAGAGUUUGGGGAAGUGUUACCAAGGCGACGACGACGACCCAAACAUCAACGUCCCCACCGUCGCCGAGGUGUCGGCCCUGCAGGUUCAUCCAGGACGCAUCGACUGCUGA